AUGCCGUAUGAGUAUACCAUGUCGUAUUUUUUAUAUCCAAGGGAGAGAUAUUUUGAAAAUGUUAUUCUCGACGCAAAGAAACAAAGUGAAAAGCAUAUCGAAGAACCACAAGGACAGACAGAGUUUGAAAGACAAAAUCUUCUUCUGGGCCUCAAACGUAUCGGCAGCAGAAAAAUUUAUGAAAUACGUGCCAUGAGUUUUAUCAUUUAUUAUGGUCAUCUCGAUUUACUGAAAUAUUUUGUGGAAUUUAUUGUCAGGCAUAAUCAGGAUAAAUCUGUCAUUUUUGGAUCUACACAGGAAGAACAAGUAAGAUUACUCGUAUUGGCAUGUUAUAAUGGAAAUCUAAGUAUAGUUAAAAUCCUGAUAGAAGAUGUCGGGAAAGCAGGCAUUAACAAGAUGCCUAUGGGGGAAAUCAAACCAAUUGACAAUCGUCACAGAUGCAUAACCCCCGUGAUUGCCGCAUGCUUAAGAAUGAAUCAUGAUGUUGUUAAAUAUCUUUAUGAUAAUGGAGCAGAUUUUAAUCCCCCAAACAGUAUAUAUCCUGCUUUGUGGGUACCAGCAGGAAUUGGGGACCUUGAAACAGUAAUCAAAUUACUUAAUUUUGGUGCUAAUUGUAACGAAUGUGAUAUUAGAGGAUGCUCUCCCUUGGCUUUGGCGUCAAAAUUUGGUCACGAACAUAUCGUAGAAAAACUUAUCGGGCACAGUGCAGAAAUAAAUAUGUGUGAUAUCCGAGGUAAGUCGCCUCUCUAUUUGGCUUCAAUGAAUGGCCAUCAUCUUAUUGUAAAACAGCUUAUUCGAAGGAAGGGUAUCAUCAACAACACAGAUAUUCACGGUCAGACAUCUCUACACUUAGCAUCACAAAAUGGUCAUUUGUCCGUUGUAGAGACAUUGAUUGAGCACGGUGCGGAUUGUGACCUCUCUGAUAAAAAUAACUUGACACCUCUCCAUAGAGCAGCAUUAAGAGGCCACACUUCCCUUGUAAACAAGUUAAUAAAGCAUGCUGCUGACAUCAACAAGUGUGAUAAUCAUGACCAGUCAGCAUUAUAUCUAGCCUCAUGGAAAGGACAUCUAUCUGUUGUAGAAAAACUCAUUGAACGUGAUGCUGACAUCAACAAGUGUAAUAUGAAAGAACAGUCGCCUUUACAUUUAGCGUCUAGAGAGGGUCAUUUAUCAGUAGUUGAAAAACUAAUAGAACAUGCUGCUGACGUCACAAAGGGCCACCUUCCUGUGGUCCAAGCACUUAUUCGGCACGGUGCUGUUGUGAACAUAAGUGAUAUUCAGGGUCGUUCAUCUCUGUAUCUAGCGUCAUUGGAAGGUCAUUUAACUGUUGUAAAAAAACUUAUUGACUUCGGCGCAGAUAUCAACAAUACUGAUAUUCACGGUCAGACAUCUCUACAUUUAGCAUCACAAAAUGGGCAUUUGUCAGUCGUAGACACAUUAUUCGAGCAUGGUGCAGAUUGUGACCUCUGCGAUAAAAAUAACUUAACACCUCUUCAUAGAGCAGCAUUUAGAGGUCACGCUUCUGUUGUAAACAAGUUGACAAAGCAUGUUUCAGACAUCGACAAGUGUGAUAAUCAUGGUCAGUCAUCAUUAUAUCUAGCAUCUUCCGAGGGCCAUUGUGCUGCUGUUCACAAACUUAUUGAACACGGUGCCGAAAUUAAUAAGUGUAAUGUGGAAGGUCAAACGCCUCUACAUAUAGCAUCAUCAAAAGGCCAUCUUCCUGUUGUAGAAAAGCUAAUCGAGAGUGAAGCUGACAUCAACAAGUGUGAUAUGAAAGAACAGUCGCCUUUACAUUUAGCGUCUAUAGAAGGUCAUUUAUCAGUAGUUGAAAAACUAAUAAAAAAUGGCGCUGACGUCAAGAAGAUUGACCUACAGGGUCUAUCAUGUCUUCAUUUAGCAUCACAACAUGGCCAUUUACCUGUUGUCGAAAUAUUAUUAGCUUAUAUCGCUUCCUGUUUCAGAAAUGAUAAAAAUGACAUAGCACCCCAAGGUCUUUCGUCAAAAAGUAACUAUAUGCCUGUUGUAAAAGAAUUCAUAAACAACAAACGUGAUAUUCAUGGAAGGAUAUCUCUAUUUUUAGCAUCAUCAAAUGGUUAUUGUUCUAUUGUAGAAAAACAUAUUGAGUACGGUGCUGACCUAAAUAUGUGUGAUAAUUAUGGUCAGUCGUCUUUACAUAUAGCUUCACAGAAUGGUCAUUUGUCUGUCGUAGAAGCAUUAAUCUCGAACAGUGCCGACUGUAAUCUAUGCGAUAAAGAUAGAAUUACACCUCUUCAUCGAGCGUCAUUCAAUGGAUAUGCUUCCAUUGCUGAAACACUACUGGAACAUGGUGCCAAUAUCAAUAGUCUUGAUAUAAAUGAUAAGUCAUCUAUAUAUUUAGCUUCAUUGAAAGGUCAUCUUCCUGUUGUAGAAAAACUUAUCGAACACAAUGUUAACCUCAACAUGUGCAAUAUUCGCGGUUUGUCAUCUUUGCACAUAGCAUCAAACAAUGGUCAUUUGUUCGUUGUAGAUACACUAAUAAAGCACGGUGCUGAAAUUGAUUGUUGUGAUAAAAAAAGAUUAACACGCCUACAUUUUGCAUCAUUAGGAGGUCACUAUUCUGUUGUAGAAAAAUUAUUAAAACAUGGUUCCUCAAUUAAUAUGGUUGAUAUUAAUGGUAAGUCACCUUUAAUGUUAGCCUCAUGGAGAGGCCAUCUUACUGUUGUUCAAAAGCUUAUUGAGCAUGGUGCCGACAUCAACAUGAGCGAUGCAUCUGGAAGAUCAGCUCUAACCUUAGCGUCACGGAAAGGACAUCUUCAUGUUGAAGAAAAACUUCUUGAACGCGGUGCAGAUAUCAACAAAUGUAAUUUGUAG